UCCGAGGCGCAUGUUUCACUCUCUAAUUUUAUUGGGUGUACAUUUGUGCCUUUGAACCUUGCAUAUGGAUAAUGGGUUACUGAACGAUGACGAUGCUAUGUUUUGCGGAUUACGGAAAGAUUGUAAAUCUAUCACUGUUGCCAUGUUUUUAUUAUAUUUUUUUUUUGUACAUAGGAGAAUUAGCAGACCAACCGAACGAGCAAAUACUAUUUAUUUCUUGCCAUCGAAUACUCCCGACUCCAACACGAGGCGAUAAAUCCCCGGGGGAAAAACCCCCAAACCCUAGGGCAGGCACUCGCUGGGCGGGUCCUCGUACCUCACCUGCAGUCAGCACACCGCAUAAUCACAUCGCCUCGCCAGAGCAGACCAGUGGCAACGAAGGCAAUAGAUUAAAGACACACCGCACUCGACUCGGGCCCUGAGACCAGACGCCCGAUUGGGAGUCCCGACGGGCGAGCCACACCCUCCUUACGACCAACUGGUGCUAGGCUCUACAUAAGGUCAUUUUAGGUGGUGGUUCCUACAUACAGGAGCGGAGCAGCGUACGUCGCAGGGAACCAAUGCCAAGGCAGAGCUUCUGACCGAGACCGACACGUCAGGCAGGUGAAGUCAUCCGUACAGUAAGGACGCAGGAAGCGAGUGGCCGC